UACUUUCGGUAACUGAGAUUUAAUUUUGUGUAUUGUGUAUAUUUUGCAUAUGUUAACUAGUCUGCAAACUGAAUAUUGCAAUUAGAAUUACUUUCUGCAUUAUAGUGUCUAAUUCAUAACUGGACAAUGUCAUCAACGCAACCAAUUCAUGCACUAAGCCUAGACUCGGUCCAGCAGCAAGCCUUCAUUAAAUAUUUUAAUGCAUUACCAGAUAAACCGCCCACAACGGUCAGAAUCUUCGACCGCAAUGAUUACUACAGCGUGCACGGUGUGGACGCGACUACCUGCUCCAGAGAGGUGUUCUCCUCCAUUGCGAACAUCAAGAAAAUGGGUCUGGAGCCCAACAAGCUCGAAUAUCUCGUGCUCUCUAAAGGAAACUUUGAGAUACUCAUCAAGAAACUGCUUCUAGUGCGGCGCUACCGUGUAGAAAUAUAUGUAGCAGAAGGUUCGGUGAAGAACAGCGAAUGGGUGAUCAAGUACAAAGGCUCGCCGGGAUGCCUGUCGCAGUUAGAAGAAGUGCUGGGCGAGGGUCUGGGCUCGACUGACGAUAGCACGCCUUGUUUGAUGGCGGUUAACAUCAAGACUGAUCCUGUCACCAAGGGACGGCUAGUCGGCGUGGCAUGCGUCACGGCGGGCGACUACGAGUUGUCGGUGACUGAGUUCACCGACGACGAUUUAUUGACGGAGUUAGAGACGAUCACGGUGCAAAUGGCGCCUUCCGAGUGUCUUGUGCCCCAAGCGGAACAUGAAGAUUACAAAUCCCUAAAGAAAGUAAUGGAACGCGCGAGUGUGACAAUAACGAAGCUGAAGCGAAGCGAGUUCUCCACCGAAGGCCUGAUCCAAGACCUGAACAGACUGUUAAAGUUCAAGCCAGAACAACAGCAGGACGCCAACGCUUUUGAAGAGACAAGGAAGGAGGUCGCGAUGAGCUGUCUAGCGGCGGCGAUUAAAUAUGUGUCUUUGAUGACUGAGAAUACUAAUUUUGGAAGAUUCCGACUGACCACCAUCCAGUCAGAUAUGUUCCUGCAUUUGGACGCGGCGGCGCUAAGCGCGCUCAACGUGCUGCCUGAACUAGGAGAUGCGCCUGCGCCGUCCCGGAGUCUGCUGGGCUUGCUGGACCGCUGCCGGACGCAGCAGGGGAAACGGCUCCUAGCCCAAUGGCUGCGCCAGCCCCUCCGCGACAUAAACCUGAUCAACGAGCGUCUGGACGUGGUGACCCUGCUGGUGCACAGCUCGGCGCUGCGCCUGCAGCUGCACGACGACCACCUGCGGCGCCUGCCCGACCUCAGGGCGCUCGCACGCCGCCUCACCAGGAGGAAGGCCAACCUGCACGACUGCUAUAGGAUCUACCAGGCCAUCAAACGUCUACCGGCUCUCCUGCAUUGCCUGUCCGAGGCCGACAACGCUACAGUCCACUCCUCCAUCGCCGAGCCCAUCUCAGAGCUAACUGAAGACCUCGGCAAAUUCCAGGAGAUGAUUGAGACUACUGUCGACAUGGAGGCUGUUGAUAGAGGCGAGUUCCUAGUGAACCCCUCAUUCGACGAGCAACUGCAAGCGUUACGGACUGAACUGGACAACCUGCAAUCGUCGGCAGACAAAGAACUGCACAAGGCUGCCCGCGACCUGGGUCUUGAUGCAGGCAAGACUAUCAAGUUGGAAAGCACGCCCAACGGAUUCUGCUUCAGAGUAACAAUGAAAGAAGAACAGGCGCUCCGCAAUAACAAGAAGUAUACAAUCAUAGACGCAGUGAAAGGCGGAGUCAGGUUCAAGACUGGCAGGCUGGGCGAUCUGACCGAGGAGUACGUGCAGACCAGGACUAACUACGAGAAAGAGCAGGACAAAGUCGUGGCUGAAAUCGUGGGGAUAGCUUCGGGCUACUCCGAAUGCCUGUUCUGCCUGUCCCACGUGCUAUCGCGCCUCGACGUGUUGGUCUCGUUCGCGGUGGCGGCCGUGUCGGCGCCCGAGCCGUAUUGCCGUCCCGUCGUCACUGAGGACAUCAACGAGUUCGUGCUGAAAGACCUGCGACACCCUUGCUUGGAGGUUCAAGAAGGCGUGUCCUUCAUUCCCAAUGACGUAGUGUUUAAAAGAGAUUCGCGCCUGAUGCACAUAGUGACGGGCGCCAACAUGGGCGGCAAGUCGACGUGGAUGCGGUCGUGCGGCGCGGCGGCGCUGCUGGCGCACGCGGGCUGCCUCGUGCCGGCCGCGGCGGCCACUAUACCGAGACUACGAGCGCUCUGCGCCAGGGUGGGCGCGGCCGACCGGGAGCAGCGCGGCCAGAGCACCUUCAUGCUGGAGAUGAUCGAGUCCGCUACCAUACUGAAGACUGCAACACCGGACUCUCUGGUGCUCAUCGACGAAUUGGGACGAGGCACGUCGACCUACGAAGGCUGCGGAAUAGCUUGGGCUAUUGCUGAGGAGCUAGCAACGAAAUGUAAAUGCUUCUGCCUCUUCGCGACCCACUACCACGAGCUAACCCGGUUGCCAAGCUUGCAUCCCAACGUAAUUGUGAACUCGCACGCCGAGGCGUCCGUUGUGGACCAACAGUUGCUGUUACUUCACAAGAUUGCUCCGGGGCCGGCCACACACUCCUUAGGGCUUCAUGUGGCUAAGUUAGCCGAUCUACCGGAUUCUAUCAUAGAGUAUGCUGAAACUAAGCAAGCGGAACUGGAGACCAACUUAUUCGAGGCAGCCAACAUAGAGGACCAGGAAUCAGAGGCCGGACAGGCCCUGAUACUGGACUUCUUGCGCAAGUGCAAACACCUUGAAGCCUCCAACCCGUCCAAUGAAGUCUUGGUCAAAGAAAUAGGAGCUUUGAAGAAAGACUUGCUCAAGCAGGAUAAUAAAUAUAUACGAGCGCUUAUGACGAACUGAUGUCAUUUGAUUUGUUUUGAAUAAAGUUUUUGAUAA